AUGCACGGCGACCGAUCAGGGUUUGGGGCUACGUCCUCGGCACCUUUCCAUGCUCCCGGCGCCAUGGGCAUUGUGCAAAUUGGCCUGCGGGAUGCGUCCGGCGGUAUAAGGCUCACGAUCCCGCCAUGCAUCCGAGUGGAUUGGGCUUCAUGGGUUCUGUUGCAUGUAGACCACCAAAAAUUGCGUCCGCAAGCAGGACUCCUUUUCCGGUAUGAGUGGCGAGAUGUCACGCCGCGGGAUGCGAGGCUGGCCGACCGCACGACUGACCCAAAUGAUGCAUGUGAUGGGUACAGGAGUUUUACGGGGACCCUGUGGUAUGUCAUCCGCGAGACGAAGAGUACGCGGUGGGCAGAGAGGAGUGGUGCCGCGCCUGGUACGAGGAGAUGGAGGCAGUGGCUGAGGGAGGCCGAAGAGAAUGCGAGGGCGGGCAACCGGAGGUGGGCUGCUGUGAGGCGGAGGGAUCACAUCUUUGCGGACGAUGAGUCGGACGCGAUAAGAUAG